GCAGGGAGAGAGAGGGACACAACGAAAGCUCAGGUGAUGCCAAAGAGGCCUCCCAGGACAAACGAGUGCUACGCCUUGGACAAAGAUCUGGCGGCCUCUGCAACCUCGAGCCAAGCCUUGGACGUGGCGCUGGCGAGUGCAGAGGUCAUGGAUGCCCCGAACUGGGCCAACUUGUGCCUGGUCCCCGGCCCAAAGCUCCAAGCGCUUGCAGGAACCAAGUUUCUGGAAACGGCGGAUGCCUUGUGCAACGGUGGAAAGCUGUCGGUAUGUGACCCUGUAAGUAUUGCCAAGACUGCUUGGGCCUUAACAGGUAUCCCCAACAGAGAUCGACGGUUGGACCUUUUCGGCAAGCUGGCUGUGCCUGUGGUUCUGCGUGCGGACACCUUUCCCCUGGGAUCCCUUACCAUGAUUUGCUACGCUUUCGCGAAGGCGGACUUUCGUGAGGGGGAUGCCUACGAGGCUUUGUCAGCAGCCUUGACGUGCCACAUGGAUGAAGAGCUUCGCCCCAUUGAUGUAUGCAACAUCAUUUGGUCCUUCUGCACUGUGGGCUAUCGGGAUGACGUUCUCUUCGCCAAAAUCUGCGAAAUGUAUUUAGUAAAGGAGGCGGUGGUGAGCGAAUUCAACCCGCAGGAUUUGACCAACACCACAUGGGGCUUCUGCAAGGUAGGCUUCGUGCACAAGCCGGCCAUGGACGUGCUGGUAAAAGUGAGCUACAACCAACGCUACACCUUUGAGCCGAUCCACUAUGCCAACCUCCUCUACUCAUUUGCCAUGCUGCGCAUGCAGGGACCGGAAGGGCUUCUUGCAGCGAUAGCCGAUGUUGCGUCCGAGCGCGUCCAGAAGUUCGACGGCGGAAACUUGGCCAUCGCGGGCUGGGCGCUUGCAACGUUGGGCAUGGGCCAACACAGGCUGCUAGACUUGGCCCUUGACCGGGCAACCUGCCCCGAAAUCUGCGCAACGCUGGGCAGCCGUGCGCUGUCGAUGAUGACCCUGGUAGCCUUCAACUUUUGGGCGAAGGACGUCAGCAACUGGGCUAUGGGUGCAGAGGCAGAGGACAGCCGCAUGCGCACAGCUGUGGCCAACUCCUUAGCCAUCCGUCUGUGGAAGCGUGGGAUGCCAAAAGAGGCCUUCGCUGUUCUGCGGGCUCUGAAAAACUCCCAGCCCCGGCGGUGGUCUGUCGUUUCUUCGGCGCUCGUGGCGCGGCUGGGUGCUGAGUGCGAUGCGUUAGAGGAGGCUGCUGAGAUCCUCGAGGGCGCUGGCGGCUUCGACAGCCAGGAGUGGGAGGCGCCGGUCACCAGCGGCAUCCAUCCCAUGGCGGCCACACGCCAGAACGAGGGGAGCCACGCGUACACGCGG